GUGAAGCCUGACCUUCCAGUGCCACUUGUAAGAAGCCAUCCACUGGUCGGAGGAAGAUGGGUGACAAUGGCACCUUCUCCCAGGUCAGCCACAACAUGCUGUCCACAUCGCAUUCUCUGUUCACAACCAACAUCCAGGGCAGCGAUGAACCCACCACCAUUUACGACUAUGAUUACAGCGCGCCCUGCCAGAAGAGCAGCGUGAGACAGGUCGCCGCCGGGCUCCUGCCUCCGCUCUACUCACUGGUGUUCAUCUUUGGCUUCGUGGGCAACAUGCUGGUCGUCCUCAUCCUCAUCAACUGCAAAAAGCUGAAGAGCAUGACUGAUAUCUACUUGCUCAAUUUGGCCAUCUCGGACCUGCUCUUCCUUCUCACCAUCCCAUUCUGGGCCCACUACGCCGCGAACGGGUGGCUCUUGGGGGAGGUGAUGUGUAAGUCAUUCACGGGGCUAUAUCACAUUGGGUAUUUUGGCGGGACCUUCUUCAUCAUCCUCCUGACCAUAGAUAGGUACCUGGCUAUCGUCCAUGCUGUGUUUGCUUUAAAGGCCAGGACGGUCACCUUUGGGGUGGUGACAAGUGGGGUCACCUGGAUGGUGGCUGUGUUUGCCUCUCUGCCCAGGAUCAUCUUCACCACGGUGCAGAUAGAAGAUUCCUUUUCCUCCUGCAGUCCUCAGUUUCAACAAGCAUGGAAGAAUUUCCAUACAAUAAUGAGGAGCGUCUUGGGCCUGGUCCUGCCCCUGCUGGUCAUGGUCAUCUGCUACUCGGCCAUCCUCAAGACCCUGCUCCGCUGUCGAAACGAAAAGAAGAGGCAUAAGGCUGUGAAGCUCAUUUUCGUGAUCAUGAUUGUUUACUUCCUUUUCUGGGCUCCCAACAACAUCGUCCUUCUCCUGAGCACCUUCCAGGAGUCCUUUAACGUGAGCAACUGUAAGAGCACCAGUCAGCUGGACCAAAUCAUGCAGGUUACAGAGACCCUCGGGAUGACCCACUGCUGCGUCAACCCCAUCAUCUACGCCUUCGUCGGGGAGAAGUUUAGAAGGUAUCUCUCCUUGUUUUUCCGAAGGCACAUCGCCAAACACCUCUGCAAACAGUGCCCUGUCUUCUAUGGAGAGACUGCAGAUCGAGUGAGUUCCACAUACACGCCUUCCACGGGGGAGCAAGAGGUCUGGGUUGGCUUGUAAAUGAGUAGCAGUUUGUUUCUUACUUUAAAGGGGGAUGGCAAUCUGUACAUAAUAAGCCUCAAGGGUCUAUUGCUGAAGAGAGGCCUGUGAGUCUCUGAGGCGAGUCCCCGGGGCCUCAGGGUAUUGAGCACCACCUACAGACUUCGUCCCUCGCUGUGUAGCCAAUGCGCACUCAGGGGAUAUUCCAGAACAACCGUGGAUAGAGACUUCUCCAGCAAGCUCCUCCCAGUUCCUGGAACACACCACAUCUGGAAAAUGCUUCUGUGCUUCCCUGAGCCUUCACCUUUGAUUGCUUCUCUGGCUCUGCAAUGCUAUACCUUUGGUCAGGGGCCCAGCUGGACACUGGCAGAUGGCAUGAGGGCACGUGGGGUCAGGGCUGAGUGCCAGGGGUGGGGGGUGUGGUCAAGGUGUGAGCCUGGAAGAGGAGGAUGGCAAGGGCUUCCCUAAGCCCAGCCAGACAGCCCCACCUCUCACCCUUGUUAGCUUGGAAGGCCUCACCUGCUCAGGGAGAGCUUGGGGACUGCAAAACUCUUUGACAGCUUCAUUUGGGUCUGAUCGUCCUCUUCUGUGUAAAUACACGAUCCAUUUUUCUUUGUUGGCGAUUUAUUUGUGACAACCACGCACCCUACAUUUGAAAUGUGUUAAGUAUCAGGCACUACUGUUGACGUGCGUCUUUAAGCCACAUCCCCCUAUGUAAAAAUGUAUGAACAGUUUUGUUUAUAAAAUAGGUGUCAGCUAUGAAGAGAUGAAAAAUAAAGCUCUUGUUUGCUGUGCCCAGGGAAAGGGGAGGUUUGCUGGUAGUGAUGGGGAGAAGGUAUGAAGGCAGAUGAGAUCCUGCCUCAGGAGGGCAGGGGCUGUAGUGAGAGCUCAGGAGGAUGUGUGAGGCCCAGCCCAGCAAUGUUUCCAGAAUCAGCUAGGAGAAGAGGCCAGGAAGGAUGUGUCAGAACCAUAGAAGCCUCAGGUCUUUGGAUCUGCCUGUCCCUGCUUCCUGCCACCCUGGCCCCAUCUGUCACCUCACCCCCAGCCCCCAGCCCCGUCUCCUGCCCAGAGGACUGCCCUACACCUGAGCCACUUCAUGGAGGUUCAGAAGAGUAGCCUUGGGGAGUAUAAAACGGUACAGCCAGAACCCUCAGGGGGCCCUGGAGAGGGGGAGCAAAUAUGUGGGGGCCCUGGGGUAUAUUGCCAGGCUGGACAAGGAGCCAAGACUUGAGAGAAGUCCUUGCCUUAGAAGUCAUAUGCCAGCCUGUGAAUCUCGGGAUCUAACCAGAUGGGGCAAACCUACACAAGAAAGACUCUGGAUGGGUCAGGGAAGUGUUUUCCAAACUCCCUUCAAGCCCCUCAUUUUUGGAUACAGGCAUAGAGUUUGCAUAUGUUAAAAAAAUCAUAAUAAAGUAAAAAACAGAAGUAAAGCUGAAACUAUAACUUACAAAUGGGGCAGAGUAUCAUUUUAAGAGUUGCUAUUAUGUCCAGCCUGAAUAUACUGUAUUAGUCCUAGAGAGAACUCUGGUUGUGAGCUUAAAAUGUUGGAGCCUGUGGUAUGUUUGGGAGACUACCAAUUCAACAUAAAUAGUUGAUCAGAGAGUCCGGUGUCUGCGGUCUACUGCCUACUAGCCUAUGAUGACGUAGAGUCUAACUGGGACCAUUUGGAUAGUAGCACGCACUCCACAGGUCAUAUCUUGGCCUUGCUGCCACAAUCCUUGUGUGUCAUUAUGAUGCCUAGGAAGUCAUGGAUCUAAUCAUCUUCAAAUGCUUCAGUGCUUUGCAGACCAUUCAUGUACAAACUGUCUGGUUGGGUGUGGGAACUCCUAAAUCACACUGACCCCUAAUCAAACUUUUAAACUCGAUUUGUAAAGGAAGGGAGUUGGGUCACUAAGUCAGCAAAGACUUUUGUCUUGGCUGAACCAAGUUAAGAACGUACACACGUUACCCAGUGUAUUUCUGAUAUGACCCAAGCAGGAAACACAGGACUUCUGGAACCUGGCAGCUUGGGAACUGUAAGUGACAAUGGUUCCCCUUUCCUUCUUUGUGGCUAGAGGUUUCAGAAAGAAGUGUGUAUGUUUGGGGUUAGGGAGAGCAUGCUUCACUUUCCAAUAUCUGUAGCAUCCUAAUGAAUGCAUGAAAGUUUGUUUGGAUGAUGAAAUGUAAAUAUUGGGGUUAUUUUUGUUUGUUUUGCUUUGUUUUUAAAGAUUUCAUUUAUUUAUCAUGAGAGGCAAAGAGGAAGACAGAAACAUCGGCAGAGGGAGAAGCAGGCUCCAUGCAGGGAGCCCAAUUUGGGACAUGAUCCCAGGACUCCGGUAACAUGCCCUGAGCUGAAGGGAGAUGCUUAACCGCUGAGUCUCCCAGGGGUCCCAAUCUUGGGUUUUUUUUUAAGCUAUGAUUUGGAAAAUAAAUUAAUGUCCUAACUACAUUGUUGUUUACAAAAUGAUCUGAUUAGGACUCCCCCCUGCUGCACCCCCACCACAGGCUCUCGCAACCACUAUUCUGUUCUAUACAUCCAUGAUUCUGACUAUUUUAGAUAACUCAUAGAAGUGGAAUUGUGUAGCUUUUGUCCUUCUAUGAAGGUUUUAUUUCACCCAGCAUAAUGUCCCCAAUGCUCACCCAUGUUGCUGCAUAUGGCAGGACAUCAUUUUUUAUAAGGGCGAAUAAAAUAUUCCAUUGCAUGUAUAUGCUGCAUCUAUUUUAUACAUUUAUUAAUGUGCAUAAAAUUUCAGUUAUACAAGGUGAGACAUUCCAAACAUCUGCCUGACAACGUUGUACAUGUUGAUGCAAUACCGUAUUGUACACUUAAAAAUCUGUUAAGAGGGUAAAUGGCAUGUUCAGCAUUCUAACAAUAAUAAUAAUAAAAACUGCCUAUUUUGUUAUUC